AUGGCGUCGAUGUACAAGCUCUCCGCCACUCUGGAGCAACACGAAGCGGAUGUUCGUUGUGUAGCGGCUAGCAGUCCCGAGCUCAGCAAAGACUGUCGCGGAGACAUCGUUCUCACUGUCUCACGAGAUCGUCGCGCUGUCAUCUGGCGUCGAUCAUCUGGCAAUCAGUUCAGCUCCGCUCUCAACCUCGCGAAUCACGAAGGCUUCGUCAACGCAUGCGCACUACUCCGAAGUGAUGCACCCUAUACCAUCACUGCUGGUCAGGACAAGAUCAUCUAUGCAUAUCAGCUCCUAGCUGCUGAUGGUGAUAUCUCGGUCCAACUGGAUGCAAAGACAGCCGAGCCACAGCCCACACGUACAUUGGUAGGACACCAAGAAAACGUCUGCACGCUCGACAUCGGGCCGCAUGGACAGUACAUUGUCAGUGGCAGCUGGGACAAGACUGCCAAAGUCUGGCGCAAUUGGGAGUGCGUGGCUACUUUGAAAGGGCACGAGCAAUCCGUUUGGGCGGUGCUGGCUGUCGACCACGACCGCGUGUUGACCGCGUCGGCGGACAAGACCAUUCGACUGUGGUCCAUCUCGAGCCCGGCCAAGCCGCUCGCUGUGUUCGGUGGGCACACGGAUGCAGUGCGCGGUUUGACACUGCUAGAGGGCGGAGAGUCUUUUGCUAGCUGUGGCAACGACGGCAACAUUCAUCUGUACUCGCUACACGGCGCGUCUGCUGGAGCACCCAUUCAGCCGGUACGGGUGCUUUCAGGUCACACUAGCUUCGUCUACAGCCUUGCAACCAUUCCAGGCGGUCAAGGCGAGCUAGUGAGCUCUGGCGAGGAUCGAAGUGUCCGCAUCUGGCGUGACGGAGCUUUGGUUCAAACCAUCACUCUACCCGCCAUCUCCGUCUGGUCCGUUUCCGUGCUCCCCAACGGUGACAUCGUAGCUGGAUCCUCCGAUGCAGCAGCACGCGUCUUCACCCGCAACCCAUCCCUCAUCGCCGACGAAGCAACCCUCGCAGCCUUCGACCAUGCCAUCUCCACCCAAACUCUCAACCAAACCCAAGUGGGCGACAUCAAGAAGGAUGACCUUCCGGGUCCUGAAGCCCUUUCUCAACCGGGUACAAAAGAAGGACAGACGAAGAUGGUGAAGAAUGGUGAUGUAGUUGAAGCGCACCAGUGGUCCGCUUCGGGUCAGCAAUGGGUGAAGAUCGGUGAAGUGGUCGGAGGGGUAGGAUCGGGGUCGAAGAAGUUGUAUGAGGGUAAGGAGUAUGAUUAUGUGUUUGAUGUGGAUAUUGCGGAUGGUGUACCGCCGCUGAAGUUGCCGUUCAAUUUGAGCGAGAAUCCGUAUGCGGCGGCACAGAGGUUUUUGGAGAAGAAUGAUUUGGCUCAGGAGUAUAUUGAUCAGGUGGUGAAGUUUAUUGAGACAAACACGCAGGGGGUUAGUUUAGGCGGUGGGGCGGAGUAUGUGGAUCCAUAUACUGGAGGGAGUAGGUAUCAGCUUGGUGGAAGCAGCGGCAACGCAGGUGCUGGUGCGGGUGUAGGUGCGAGUGCAAGUGCAAGUGCUGGGGCUGGGAUGGAGGAUACAGGUAGAUAUACUGGUGCGAGAAAUGUCGAUCCGUAUACAAGUUCUGCUCCCCACGCCAGCACCUCUUUUGGUGCUGCUGCAGCGGUGGGAGGUGGAGCGAGGAUUCUUCCCCAGCGCACGUUCCUAGCUUUCAAGAGCGCCAAUUUUGCAGCGAUCAAAAACAAGCUCACCCAACUCAACUGCACCGAAUCAACCCAAUUUACCGCCUCCGAACUCAACCAAAUCGACACUCUCAUCAGCACCCUCGAAAACAACCCCUCUUCCGGUAACCUCAACAUCGACCCACUCCGCCAAGCCCUCACCUCUUGGUCUCCCCCAUCCCGCUUACCCGCACUAGACCUAAUCCGAGUAGCUUCAGCAUACGGCACCACCACCCCACCCCUCGAAAUCGCUCGUGAAGUCUUCGAAGCUUCUUCCUGGGCCUCCGAUUGGCCUUCUCCCAACUCGCCCGAGGCAAAACAACGAGACGUGAACUCAAUGUUAGCGCUUCGAACCAUUGCCAAUCUCUGGUCCGACCCGCGCGCACUAGCUGAGCUAGAACUUAACGCAAUCAGUUUGCUAGGUAGUCUCAGCGACACACAUUAUGGGAGAAUGAGUAAGAAUGGUAGAAUUGCUUACGCUACUGUGGUGUAUAAUGCUACUGCUCAACUCGUCAGUGGUGGUGGAGGAGGGGGGAGAAGUGUAGCGGGGGUGAUGCUGGGGUUGGUGAAUGAAGUGUUGGAAGGGGGGAGAGAGGAUAGUGAAUCGCUAUAUAGGAUUCUUGUGGCGUUGGGUAAUUUGAUCUGUUCGUCGGCCGGGGCUGGAUUGAAUAAGGGUUCGUUGCAGAAGGCGAGAUUAGCUAUUGAGGAUAUUAUGAAGGAUGGCGUGGGGAAGGAGGAGAGAAUUGGACAGAUUAUUGGGGAGGUUUUGGUUUUGAUGUAG